AUGGUGUUCGCGUUCGUGGCCGGCAGCAGCAGCGUGGCGGCGGAGGCGCUAACGACGGCACGGUUCACCCGUCAGGUGCUCUCCGGACGAUGGUUCACGUUAUUCGCGUGCCUGCUGAUCCUGUUGGCGUCAGGCGCGACGUACGCGUUCGGCAUCUACUCCCGGGCGCUCAAGUCGGCGCUGGGCUACGACCAGCGCGCCGUCGCCACGCUCGCCUUCUUCAAGGACCUGGGCAGCAACGUGGGCGUCCCCGCGGGGCUGCUCAGCGAGGUGGCCCCGGCGUGGGCCGUGCUCGCCGUCGGCGCCGCCAUGAACCUCGCGGGCUACCUCAUGGUCUACCUCUCCCUCGCCGGCCGGGUCCCCGCUCCGCCGCCGCUCUGGCUCAUGUGCGCCUACGUCUGCGCGGGCGCCAACUCGCAGGCGUUCGCCGGCACCGGCGCGCUGGUCACGUGCGUCCGGAACUUCCCCGAGGCCCGCGGCGCCGUGCUCGGCCUGCUCAAGGGAUACGUCGGCCUCAGCAGCGCCAUCCUCGCGCAGAUCUACCUCGCCCUUUACGGCGGCGGCGACGCCCGGUCGCUCGUCCUGCUCAUCGCCUGGCUCCCCGCCGCCGUCUCCGUCGUGUUCCUUGGCACCGUCCGUGUCAUGCCUCCGGAUCACCGGCGGCCAAAGAGGGGCACUCACCGCGGCAGAGGCGGAGGUGGCGACGUGUUCCUCUGCUUGCUCUACAUCUCCGUCGCGCUCGCCGCGUACAUCCUCGUCAUGAUCGUCGUGCAGAGGCAGGCCAGCUUCUCGUGCGCCGCCUACGCCGCGUCGGCAGCAGGGCUCCUCGUCCUUCUCUUCCUGCCCCUCGCCGUCGUCGUCAGGCAGGAGUACCGGAUCAAAAAGGAGCUCGAGGAUUCUCUGAGUCACGCCCCAGCUGUGAUGGUGACGGUCCUUGAGAAAUCCACCGUCAUGCCAUUGGCCGAGCCAGCGAGCACUACUACCGAUACGCCACGGGCUUCCUCUUGCCUGGGCUCCUUCUUGCGGCACACGUUCAGCCCGCCGGCGCACGGUGAGGACUACUCCAUCCUGCAGGCGGUGGUGAGCGUGGACAUGCUGAUCCUGUUCGUAGCCAUCGCCUGCGGCGCCGGCGGCACGCUGACGGCGAUCGACAACAUGGGGCAGAUCGGGCAGGCGCUGGGCUACCCGUCCAAGAGCGUGGACGCCUUCGUCUCCCUCAUCAGCGUCUGGAACUACGCCGGCCGCGUCACCGCCGGGUACGCCUCGGAGGCGCUCCUGUCGCGGUACAGGUUCCCGCGGCCGCUGGCGCUCACGCUCGUCCUCCUCGCGUCCUGCACCGGUCACCUCCUCAUCGCCUUCGGCGUCCCGCGCGCGCUCUACGCGGCGUCGGUGCUCGUCGGCUUCUGCUUCGGCGCGCAGUGGCCGCUGCUGUACGCCAUCAUCUCCGAGCUGUUCGGGCUCAGGCGAUACCCCACGCUCUACAACCUGGGCGCCGUCGCCAGCCCUGUCGGCGCCUACGUGCUCAACGUGCGCGUCGCCGGCCGGCUCUACGACUCCGAGGCCGCGAGGCAGCACGGCGGUGGCUCGCUGGGCGCCGCCGGUGGGGACAAGGCGUGCUUCGGCGUGGAGUGCUUCCGGACGUCGUUCCUCGUCAUCACGGCCGCCACGGUGGGCGGCGCGCUCGUGUCGCUGGUGCUCGUGUGGAGGACCAGGGACUUCUACAGGGGUGACAUAUACGCCAAGUUCAGGGACGGAGUGGUGGUGGAGUCGCCGGGUGAUGGUGGCCCGUCGGCGGCGGAGCAGCGCCCGAGCGAGGAGGGCAGUGGAGGUAGAGUGAACGGAGGUCAACGAGAUGACUAG